CGAACUCUCACGCGGCACUCACGGCGCAUGCGCACACCGCUGCCCGGCAACUCAUGGGUUAAACUUUCAACUUGAGGCGGAAGAGGAGGUGAAUGUUUUUCUCUGUGCCACACACGACUGACGUUUUCCUGAAGUGGAGCCCAGGUUUAACGCCGAAUUAGAGCUAGCCGAGCAGGAGAAGGACACGGCUGAACUGCUGUUGUGUUUGGACGUGUUGUACGGAGGAGGGCGGCUGUUGAGAAACAGCUGCAGUGAGACUUCACUCCUCACUGGCGAGAUAUAAAUGUUAUUGUUGUGAGUCAGCAGCAGCUUCGCAGGAUUUGAAUCGUCAGGAUGGGGAACAGCAGCAGUGACCGGGCCGGAGGUCAGGGUGAACGGCAGCAAGGAGGGAAGGAGGCUCAGCCCAACAUCCUGAUGGACAGUGCUGACGAUGCUGACCUGUUCCAGAGGGACGACUCAAAGGAAAUCCAGGAGUUCCUGGCCUGGCAGCAGGAUCUGGACAGCGACAGCAAAAGUCAGUCGCAGGCCAGACCCACUGUGUUCAGGUGGACAGGAGGUGCCAAAGAUGUCUUUGUGUCUGGAUCUUUUAACAACUGGACCACCAAGAUUCCACUCAACAAAAGUCAGAAGAACUUCGUGGCCAUCGUGGACCUGCCUGAGGGAGAGCACCAGUACAAGUUCUGCGUGGACGGCCAGUGGACCUUGGACCCCACAGGAGCCGUGGUGACCUCCAAGACCGGUACCGUGAAUAAUGUCAUCCAGGUGAAGAGGACGGACUUUGAAGUCUUCGAUGCUCUCAGGAUCGACUCCGAGGAUUCCUCAGAACUCCCAGAUUUGUCCAGCUCCCCUCCGGGCCCGUACCAGCAGGACGCCUAUCUUAUCAAGUCAGAGGACCGAAUCAAACACCCUCCUAUUCUGCCACCCCACCUCCUGCAGGUGCUGCUCAAUAAGGACACUGGUGUUUCUUGUGACCCCACGCUGCUCCCUGAACCCAACCACGUCAUGCUCAACCACCUGUACGCGCUGUCCAUCAAGGACGGCGUGAUGGUUCUCAGCGCCACACACCGAUACAAGAAGAAGUACGUGACCACUCUUCUCUACAAGCCAAUAUGAAGGCCUCAUGAACACUGAUCUAUGGUCUGCUAAUUCAAACACACUUUUGAUAUCAGCGUUUGUAUCUGAUGCUCCACUACAAACUUCAUAAUAAACAUCAUUACAUUGUAAUAGCAAAUGCUGCUUUCACCUGAUGCAUUCCGAUUGCUACAGCCGGUCCAGUGUUGGACCGGAAUUCCAGUGGGGACCUGCAUUUCUUGCGUGUCCAUUGUGAUCUGUAUGUGUUUGAGUGUGAGCAAACAGGUAUUUUAGAACACGCAAGCCUUCAGUAAAUCAGACGUCAAAUUUUAUAACACGCAUUCAUUUGACUUGGAGCAGAUCUCCGUGGUGAAACAGGCAACAGGUUUUCACAAUGACAGCUUGGUACAUGAUCUAUAUAAUGUAGUGUUUGACAUAUCCUGCUCUCUAUUUGCCCAUUCACCGUAUCUUGUUCUCUGAGUCACGUGUUCGUCAUGUCAGACACAAGCAGCAACACCGUUUUUUUUUUACGAUAUUCAACCGUCGUCCGUCACAUUAAGCUUCUCCGUCUCCGUAGCAGCGGUGGGCUCUUCUGUCUCGUACAGGCAGUGCGCUCUCCUGAAUGGGUGGCUGUUCUCCGUGUUGAAUGGACUGUUAGCGAAGCAGUAGGCCGCGGCGCGGUCGCACUCGCACACGAAGGCCUCGCAUUUGUCGUUGCUGUCUGCUGACACACGAGAACGUUUACAGCAGCGGGUUAGAGUGGAAACCACACAAUGAUCCUCCAGACAGCCAGUGGAGUCACCCAGUUAAUGGGUCCAUCCGAGAGCGCAUGUGUCAAACUCAGGCCCGGGGGCCAAAUCUGACCCGGCAAAGUAAUUUUGUACAGCCUGAAGGAGCUCAAAAUAAACAUCAAGUUCAGUAAAAAACUUGUUGCUUUCACGAGCCAAGAUGAAGGUCCAAGAGAGGCUAGCUAGUGGAGGUCACAAAUAUUGAGAAUUAGUGGGGAAAAUCCAUACAAAUUGAUGAUGGAGUGGACUGAGAGACGGGAACGUGGAUGGACGUGCUUUGAGCUUCGACUUGUGUUGAGCGUCUGUUAUAGAGGUGGACAGUCCAUGGGUGCGUUCCAUUUCCUUCCUUAAUCCUCAUCCUCAAUCCUCAAAAAUGCUCCCAAUUCUUAGGAAGUUAAAUUGAGGAGCAAGACUGAGGAACUCAGCAACCUCCCUCUGUGUUGAGGAAUACCCAGAAUCUUUUGUGCUGUAUCAAAGAUGUCGUCAAAAUCAAAGAGACAGAGCUACAAAUGUAAGUAUUUUCUUUGUUAAUGGAGAUAUAAGACAAAAAAACAUAAACAGUCUUCUUCUUCCUCUGAAUUGACAGGCGUUAUGCUGCCCCCAACAGGCUAAGGACGUACCUGCAUUAAGCAGUGUCACAUUUCUAAGGAACAAAAUCUUCCGGAACCCUAAGAGGUUGAGGACUAAGGGAGGAAUGUAAAUUUUUUUGUGUUUUGAUGCUAACCAGAAAGCUAAAAUUAGCCUCAAUAAUAAAAUAAUAAUAAUAAUAAACUGGACGCCAAUACUUUUUCUCUCCUAAAAAGAAGGCCAUUUACAGAUGUUUCAGUAAAUAUUCCUAUUUUUCAACCCAUGGCUUGGGGAGUGUUUAACACGUUGGCUCCUUGCCUGACUUACCCUGGAGUUGCACACCUUCGCUCUAAAGGGUUGAUUUUCUCGAGCCCACACAAGUACACACACACACCCACAACAAACAACAAGAGAAAAAAGGCUAUUUUUUUUCCAAAAGCAUCGAAUGAUUUUUAAAACAACCUGACUGUGUCAUGCAAAAGUAGCAACACUUUUUUAGAGCAUCUGACCAUGACUUAAAGCUGAAGUCAAUACUGUCAAUGUUAGAUAUAUUCGAGCUUGAGCUGUUGUUUGUCUGAAGUGCUUUUUUUCUCCUUGUGAAGCGAGGUCGCGAAUCAUCGCUCUGAUUGGCUGAAAAAAGUCUCACCUGAGCAGGUCACCGUCUGGUUGGAGCAGGUGUAUGCGUAGGUUCCACUGUAGGGGUAGUCAGUGAUGUUUGUGCAUCCUGUGAGGUUUAUGCUUCGGGUGUAGCAGUGGUCAUGGGUUUGACAGCACCUGAGAGGACAGAAGAUGAAUGUCUGUGGUCACAGGAUUUCUCCACGGCAUCCUCUCACUGGUCCAGCUGGUCCACUGGAGUUCCCCCGCCGCCGUAGACACAGUAGCAGCCGUAGCGGUUGUACAUGAUGGAGCUGACGUUCGGCUGGACACACUGGAUCAUCGUCCCGAACUGCCAUAUUGAAUUAAGGGUUUCUCUAAUGGUCCCUGUGCAGACUGUUGAGCAGAAACCGGCAUCAGCAUCUGUGUUCUUGAUCCACGGGACUGGUUUGUUGUACCAGAGAGGAAGAGCAACAGAAGAGGACUCCUCAGGUUCAGGCUGACCGCUGGGGUGAAUUGUGGUGGCAGAGGUUUGCGUGGGGUUUUAAUGGAGCCACUGUGGCGAGGGCAAACAAACCCACUCAUCUUGACAAUAUUGACUUUUUCAUCACUGUCGUGGCCUGCCAAAAGCUGAGGCCUGCGUGGCUGUGGUCCUCAUCCAGCUCUCCUUGAUAGUUUCUGAGAUGAUCUAUUGUGUCAGCUUUUCAUGCUGCAUCUCCUGGCUGAGGAACUCACCUUGAUGUCUUGAGUCUAAGUUCGAUAUAUCCUUCACAGAACCAUAGAAGUGUUAAUCCUCACUGAUACAUGCUUCAUUCAGCCAGCAUUUUGUGAAAAAAAAGGUUAGCACCAGUGAUCUUCUGGUCUUCAACCCUCCAUCAGAGAAUUUCAGUUUUGUUUUUCAGCAAACGUACAAGCAUGUUCCGGUCAGAUUUGACAUGGUAGUUUGAGUCUGGAUAGCGUGCUGUGCAGUGUAUGGGAUGAAACCAAUUUUGUCAACAGAAGCUAAUUCCAGGUCUGUUUAGAUUCAAUGCACCUUCUUCACUGUGUGCGGUGCCAGUUGUGCUAAUGGUUAGCGCUGUGCUAGUGAUGUGCUGGUGAGGCUUCAUGAAACAGUGUCUUCAUUUUCAUAGUUCAUCAGGUGGUGCUCUUGGUAUAAAAAUGCAAGGUUUUAUUGAAUCUUUAAAUUAUUUGAAGGCAAAGAUUUUAGAGCAGACAGUGCCCUCUAGUGGGCUCUGAAAAGGACCACACCGUUUCACGAAGCCUCAGCAGCCCAUUCUUAGCUUCCGCCUCUCGUCCGAAGUCACUGUGACAAGCUCCAAACUCCCAGGGGCCUUAAAUAAACGGUAGAGGAGAUGCUGUUUGAGGCCUGUAUCGCCUCCUCUUCGCUUGCAGCGCAUUUGUUGGCCCCUGGUGUGUGUUGACUUCAGGGUGACCAAACACUGACUCAAACUGUGUCAACCGGGCAAAUGGAUUUUUCCAGGAAUCUGGAGGUAUUUUUGAUGAUGAUGACGACGAUCAGUUAGUAGGAAAGCAGGACAACAUUAUGUAAAUACAAGUCUAUAUAAACGAGUCAAUAGGAUGAUGUUUUAGGAGUUGUUUUUGGACCAUGGCUGCUUUGAAGGAGGAGUUUGAGGGUUUUUGCCAUCCAACCAAUGACAUCAUCAAGACAUGGUGCAACAGCAGCAACAUGUGUGUUGUGCUGUAUGACGGGUGGAAGUAGAGAAUAGAAAUGGACCUUGAAUGGAACCUUGUGGAAUGCCUCAGGUUUAGCUGUCGAUAAACAGAAGUUCCCUGGUGGCUGAGGACCUGCCUGAAGGAUUUGGCUGAGACCAAUGAGGGUGCAGUGUCUUUGACAGAACGUGUGUUCAGUCAGCUGUCAUGAUGGUUUUUUAGGGGCAGUCCGGUUGACCGUUGACUUCUAAACCUUCCAAUACUUAUUGACAGGCAGCGUGAGGUUAGCAACAGCUUUAUUCAGAAGUCACCAUGAACCAUAUCACCGUGAGCUGAUCUGACAGUCAGACAUGAAAGAGCAAACUUCUGACAGUGCUACCUCAUGUUUCACAGGUGAAUCACGACACAUCUGUCUCUCACAAGCUUCAGUCGACGCAGUGCACUUUGGGAUCCAGGUUCUUGUGUUCAGCGUUGUAGACGCUCUUAGCAAAGCAGUGAGCGGCCACGCGGUCACACUCGCACACAGCGGCCUGGCACUUGUUGUUGCUGGCUGCUGACACACAGGUGGGGAAGGAGAAGAGAGGCUCCGUUAGAUCAGACCAUGGACUGGCAAUUGUCAUUAGGGGGCGCUCUCUGAGAGCACUGUGGAGGAAGGCAGGAGGAGCAGGUGACAAGGAGGUUCUAGAGAGAGGACAGACUGGACAACACGUCUCAAACUCAAGGCUCGGGGCCAAAUCCGGCCCAAGUGUUGUUUCAUGUGGCCCACUAGAUCUAGAAACAUACUGUAUAAAGUUGAAUUAAAAAUUCAUUUUAACCGCUCCAAAACUGUGAGUCUUGAUGACAGCACAACCUUCUUGUUCAGUUAGCCAUGCUAACAUAGCUUGAUGCGCUCUGCUGCUACUUUGGUAGCGCCGCGCUGCCAGAGGAUAGAGGUAUAACUCUUAAAAUGUUUAAGGCUUACAAAGAGACGGUGAAUUAAUGUUCUAUCUAGAAUAGGGAUGGGACUCGAUUAAUAGUUAAUUAAUCACGAUUAAUCGUGUUUAACCAGAUUGAUCUCAUUUAAACUGAACCUGUUUGCAUAAUCUUAAACGUCAGGGAAGAAGUGCUUCUUAUCUGUCUCCUUUAUCAGGGAUGUUCUGGUGAUGACUUCAUAUUGCGUCAUGUGGUGCGCCUGAUUUGCGGAGUGGAAAAACAUUUACACACGAGUUUAUCUGUGUGGUCUGUGAUUCAUUGGGGGACGUUGACGAAACCCAUUCAUCUUCCUGGAAGUGUUAUUUUUCUCAGGUAGGUUUUCCAGUUGAAGCUAAACGUUUGACCAUGGUGUUACAGGGAGAAACUCACCUGAGCAGGUCACCUCCUGGCCGGAGCAGGUGUACUCAUACUCCAACACGUAUGGAAGGUCUGCGAUGUUUGUGCAUCCUGGAGUUUUCCGACUCUUCUCGUAGCAUUUAUCGUGGACGUGGCAGCACCUGAGGGAGCCAGAACAUGAAGUUGUUGCAGCGAGUACCGAAGGCGUUGUCAGGGCCGUACAUGUCCAGGUCGUCCACUGGAGUUCCACUUCCUCCCAGCCCACACCAGCAGCCGUAGUCGUUGUACUUGAGCGGGCUGACUCCGGGCUGGACGCACUGGAUCAUGCCUCCGAACUGCCACACAGCUCUGGGCAGCAGGGCGCCACUCGCCAGGCAGGCUGCCGGACAUUAGCAUUCACGCGUUUCACACAUCAAAACCAAACAGUUUGGAGUUGGGUUUGUCCUACCGGAGAGAAGCAGGAGCAGAAGAGGAGUCGCCCGAUUCAUGGUGAAGUGCAAGUGUAUAAGGAGCGUGCCGUUCUUAUAGAGCAGGUGUGAGCGACAUGGAGAUAAGAGGAGCCGCAGGAGGCGGAGACCUGCUGGGUGGCGUGUUUGGAAACCUCAUGUGUUGCUUCAUUUUUUUUCCUUCCCUGAAAUCACAUUUAUUUAACGUCCCAGGUAUUUUUGGAAACACGUCGUGUUCUUCAGAGAGAGUGGGGGCCUCCUGCCAGGAAGUGAGGGAAGAGGAGUGUAUGCUGGCAUGUGUCCUUCAGAAGACAACCCAAACUGCCAACACAGGUUCCUGCCUUGUGGAGCACCAGCAGGACCAAAAUGAGGAAAUAAAUGUUGAAAUAACUAAGGGGGGACAGUGGAUAAACAUUAAAAAUGUAAAGUGGAAAUAAAGAAUGAAUUUAAAUAAAUAUGUGCAUUUUUAUUUUCCUUAU